CUCCUUUUCGGCGUACGCCGGCGCGACACACCGACGCGCCGCCGGCGUCGAGGCGUUUCAUGAAACCCGACUAUGACUACCUCUUCAUCCUCGUGCUGAUUGGCGACUCGGGUGUCGGAAAAUCCUGCCUGCUGCUGCGCUUCGCGGACGACAAAUGGACCGACUCGUACAUCAGUACGAUUGGAGUGGAUUUCAAGAUCCGCACAGUGCAGCUCGAUGGUAAAAACAUAAAGCUGCAGAUCUGGGACACGGCGGGGCAGGAGCGCUUCCGGACGAUCAGCAGCACGUACUACCGCGGCGCCCACGGCAUCAUCGUCGUGUACGACAUCACCAACCGGGAGUCGUUCAACAACGUGAAGCGGUGGCUCAAGGAGAUUGACAAGUACGCGCGGGAGAACGUCAACAAGCUGCUUGUCGGCAACAAGGCGGACCUCGCCGACGACAACGAGCUGCGCGCCGUGCAGAAGCAGGAGGGCAAGAACUUUGCGGACGAGCUCGGCGUCCAGUUCCUCGAGGCGUCGGCGAAGACGGGCGCGUUCGUCGACACGGCUUUCCUGCUCAUCUCCUCCGAGAUCAAGAGCAAGAUGCUCACGCAGACAAACACGACCGGCUACGGCACCGGCCGCUCCCUCGACGGCGAGGGCAGCUCGCAGGGCGGCUGCUGCUGAUGUGCCGCCGUGCGCGCCGCCCUCCUUUGCGCUUAUACGCCGCUGCUGCCGCCCUGGCCCCUUCCCGCUAGCAGCCCUCUCUGCAUCCUCUUAGGGGGCACCCCCCCCCCCCCCCCUUGCUCGUG